AUGGCCACCUCCCUGUGGGCGCUGGAGGAGGCAGGUGUCCGGAGGAGGUCAGCUGAGGUGGCUCUGGAGGCUCUGCCAGCCAAGCCCGAGAACAUUUCUUGCAUCUACUACUACGAGAAGAAUUUUACCUGCACCUGGAGCCCAGAGAAAGAAGCCAGUCACACGUGGUACAGGGUCAGGAGGACUCACUCUUAUGGACGUAAAAGUGACACUUGUGAUUCUACAAGCGAGACCCCCACUUCGUGCUCCUUCCUAACUUCAAUCACAAUCCCAGACAAUUACACCAUCCAAGUGGAGGCUCGGAAUGCAGACGGGGCCGUGGAGUCUGCUGUGACACAUUGGCGCUUAGAUACCAUAGUAAAAAUGGACCCACCUGUGAUUUCCAGUGUGAAACCAGUUUUGGGCUUCAAACGGAUGCUUCAGAUCCAAUGGGCCAAGCCCGAGCUGGCCCCCGCCUCUUCCGCGUUGCAGUGCCGGCUUCGGCUCAGAACAGCCAACAGCACCCACUGGAUGGAAGUCAGCUUCUGGGUCGAAGAAGAGACCGAGAAAAACCAAACCUACAACCUCACGGGGCUGCGGGCCUUCACGGAGUACGAGGUGGCGCUGCGCUGUGUGGCCCAGGAGUCCGCCUUCUGGAGCGGCUGGAGCCGCGUGCACAGCGGGACCACCGAGGAGGAAGCUCCCCUGGGCCUGGACCUGUGGAGGGUGCUGGGACCCACCUGGGCGGAUGGGAGCCGCCCCGUGAGGCUGCUGUGGAAGAAGGCCAGAGGAGCCCCGGCCCUGGAGAGAGUACUCGGCUACCACGUAUGGUACUUUCCGGAAAACACCACCAACCUCACGGAGACCGUGAACACCACCCGCCAGCCGCUGGAGCUGACGCUGGGCGCCGAGGCCUACCGGGACUGGGUUCUGGUUCUGAAGGCCCGGGGAGUGGUGGGUGCGUUCCCGGGCGUCGAGGCCGUGCAGGCCCACCUCUCGCAGGACCGGCUGGUGGUGGCGUGGCAGAACUCCACUCCGCACGUGGACUCAUGGAGGGUGGAGUGGUCCCCCGAUCUGGACUCCGAGCCCCCCACCGUGUGCUGGGAGGCGGUGACCGGGGCCAGGAACUGGACGAUCCGGAGAGAUGAAUUAGACCCUCUCCAGUGCUAUAACAUCUCCGUGUAUCCAAUGUGGCAAGACCGUGUGGGCAAGCCGUGUUCUGUCCAGGCCUACGCCAAGGAAGGCGCCCCGUCAGUAGGUCCCGUGACCAAGGCAGAGGGCAUCGGCCUGAACACUGUCACCAUCAGGUGGGAAGAGAUCCCCAAACAUCUGAGAAACGGCUUCAUCUGCAACUACACCAUCUUCUACCAGCCCGCGGGCGGGGGGGAGUUCGCCAAGACGGUCGGCGCCAGCACCCUGCAGUGCGGCCUGGAGUCCUUGGCGCGCGGGACCUCUUACUACGUCUGGGUCAUGGCCAGCACCAGCGCCGGCGGCUUCAACGGCACCACGAUCAACUUCAAGACGCUGUCCAUCAGUGUCCUGGAGACCUGCCUCGCAGCGGCGCUGGGCGGGGGCGGGCUGCUCAUCCUCAGCGUCCUGGCUGCGGCCUGUGGCCUCCGGAAGCCCAACUGGGAUAAGCUGCACCUGAGGGAGGUUGAUGAUGCCGUGAGCACAGAGGACAGGAUUCUCAAGCCCUGGGCUGCCCCCAGCGACCUCAUUGACAAGUUGGCGGUGAACUUUGAGUAUUUCCUGGAAGAGGUUUCCGCAGAGGAGGCGGAAAAGGGCCAGGAAAACAUCCUGGGAGGGGACAAGAAUGAGUACGUGAUCUCCCCUUUCAGGCCUUACUGUGUCCUCGAGCCGCUCACUACAGCCGAGGCCCCACCCACUGCAGCUGAGGCCCCUCCCACUUCAGCUGGGGGCCUGCUCACUUCAGCUGAAGUCCCUCCCACUGUAGCUGAGGCCCCUCCCACAGCAUCUAAGGCUCUGCCCACUGCUGCUGAGGCCCUUCCCACUGCUGCUGGGGGCCCGCCCAUGGCAGCCAAGGCCCCUCCCACCUCAUCCAAGGCUCUGCCCACUGCUGCCAAGGCCCCACCCACUGCAGCUGAGUCCCCUCCCACUGCAGCUGGGGGCCCGCCCACUUCAGCUGAAGUCCCUCCCACUGUAGCUGAGGCCCCGCCCACAGCAUCCAAGGUUUCUCCCACUGCAGCCAAGGCUCCUCCCACUUCAUCCAAGGCUCUGCCCACUGUGGCCGAGGUUCCGCCCAGAGAGCCCCAGUGCCUAUUCUCUGGCAGCUGGGAGGGCACCUGCCCGGAAGCUGAGGAGCGACUUCUCCCUUCUGCCCAGGGCCCAGGGCCCGCCUGCGCCUGCGAGGAGGGGGCGCUCAACCCGUAUCUGAAAAACUCGGUGACCACCAGGGAGUUUCUCCUGUCUGAGGAACUUCCAGACCAAACCAAGAGCGCCAUCUAGAGGCCUCACCCGCGUCCCUCUGCCGGCGACCUGCAGGGCGGCAUCCCAGCUGCAUCUUCACACCCAUCCCCUCACGUCUCGCCUGCCUCUGAGCCAAGCGCGCAGAGGGGACCCCCAGAGGGAGGAGGGGUGCGGAAGCCCAGCCCGUUGUCCAGGAAAAGCCCUGUCGUUCCCUUUGCUCCGAUAAGAAGCUCCUGCGGAGGCCGGGCAGCCUGGCUGGGAGGACGGGGGCCCAGUGGCUGGUCAGGGUCACGGCCUGGCGGCCACUCCUCAGAGCCCAGACACAUUUUCCCGUGGCCAGGGCAGUGGUCUCGCUGGCUCCUGGGGAGGCUGAUGGAGGGAGUGUCUCCCAUCACCGCAGCCUCCCCGGGCCCCGGCCGCCCCCCUGAGUCAUCACUGAUGUCUGUCCCUCCUCGUCGCCCGUUAUGUCUCCAGGUCCGCAGCAGCACCCCACAGCCCCUCCCCGGCCCACAGACCCGGCGCUGCCAGGUCACGGGCGAUUCCUGGGCACGGGCUCCUGACGCGGCCAGCAGGUCUGCCCCAUCUCCAGGCCACUGCCCAGUGCAAACCUCGUUCCCAGGGGCCCCUCUGCCCCCCGUCUUGCCCCGAAACCCAGGGUAGAAAGACACCCCCACUUCAGGGGCUUUGCAUUGAACCUCAGCUGACUCGGUGCCGGGCAGGCUGGUGGACACACCCUUGGGGCCUCUGCCCAGGACAGCUGCUGCCUCCGCAGCAGGCCCUGCCUGUGCCCGUGGAGCCCGGAGCUCAGACCCCUGGCAGUCAGGGGCCCCAGAGCCUCUGUGCGGACGGCAGGGGUCAGCUGCCCUGACCGGGGACUAGGGUUGGCUCUGGGCUGCAAGGACGCCAGAUGCGGCUGCCGUGUGGCCGGAGCCUGGUGGCAUGUUCUCCCGUGAGGGGCAGUCCCGGGGGGCCUCUUGGCCACCGCUCAGCUGUGCAGACACAUGGCUCACGCUCCUGUCACUGGAACCAGCUCUUGGCCCAAGGCCCUGGCACGGGCAGUGACGCGGCCCCGGUGGGAUUCCCAGUGCUCACGUCUGUGACUCGGGCCGUGUGUUCUGGGGCCGAUUCUGAGGGGUCAGUGGAGAGGCUGGAGUGUGUCCCAGGGGGUGUCUGCCCAGGGCUGGUGUCGGCUGUGCCUGCCCUGGGAGUCACCGGCCACUCUCUGCAGCCAGUGGCUGUGCCCUGGCCGUGGGCACAGAUCAGAGGGACUGCUGUCCCAAUGCGCGCUCCCUUCCCCGCUAGCGUCUGCAGCACCCGCAGUCUUCUCCUCCCGGCUCCCAGGACAGAGCGCUGGUCAGCAGGGAGGGGCCAGCAGGCACUGGGACACGCUACAGUUCUGGGGCCAGAAAGGGACCAAGCAGAGGGUACCCCAACUCUGGGCUGAGGUGGGUUCUCCCCUGACCCCCACCCCCACAGUGUGACUAGGGUACUUCUGCGAGCCCCCUAUCCCCCCAGAGUUCCAGGUGCCCUUUGUACCCUGCCGUUGGAUUGUGACUUUUUGCGGGGGUCGAGCCUGGUGCCCACGCUGGGGGCCGCCUCACAUUGUGUGCGGGGUGGGGCCUGGGAGGGCCGCCUGGAGGGAAGGGAGAGGGGCACGUGGAAGGGGUCCUCUCACCUUGUCUGUCUCCCCAUGAGGCUCUCAGUGUUAAAAUCCAAGAAGUUGAUGGCUGGGCAGAGAGAGGGGUGCAGGGCCUGUGAGUGGGUGUCAGGGGUGGAGCGGUUACCUCUGCUGCUCUCCCAUCUGCUACACCCUCCGCCUGGCCCUCCCGGCCCCUCUCUCCCUCGCCCUCCCUCCCACCCGGCUUUGCUGC